AUGUUAGACAAGAGGGUUUUUUAUGUGCUUACUGGAAUUAUUGCAGCACACUUGCUGCUGACACCUUUCACAAAAGUUGAAGAAUCGUUUACGAUACAAGCUGUUCAUGAUAUAUUAAAGUAUGGCAUAUAUGACAUUUCUAACUAUGACCAUAUUAAAUUCCCAGGAGCUGUACCACGUACUUUCAUUGGAGCGCUAAUUGUCUCCUCUUUUAGUUGGGUAGCAAUGUGGAUUGGUAAGUUUGACAUACUGGGAGAUAUAUUAGGAUCUAAUUUAUCAAUUCAAAUCCUAAGUAGAUUUGUGAUUGGAUGCAUGAAUUCACUAUCUCUGGCUAUUUUAGUUGAUGCAACUGAUAAGGUUUUGCUGAAGACAUAUGAUCGUGAGAUGGAAGAUUAUAAAAAUAAAGAAGAGAAAGCUCAGGUUAAGCAUCCAAGAUUACAGAAAGUAAGCACCUGGUUUAUCAUUUUGCUCGGAACGCAGUUUCAUAUCAUGUAUUAUAGUUCGAGACCGCUACCAAACUUUGUUAUUAGUCUGCCAUUAUCAAACAUCGCUUUAGCGCUUGCGAUUAGAGAGCGCUAUGAUAUUGCGAUCUGGCUGCUGUCGUUUGCAACAGUAGUGUUUAGAUUGGAAUUAGGAGCUUUAUGUGCUGGUUUGGCUAUGUAUGGGCUGAUGGAAGGCCAGACUAACUGGGUAGAGGUUAUUAAAUCCGGUUUGGGGGGAAUUUUAGUUGGAAGUGGUCUAUCGGGAGCCAUUGACUCAUACUUCUGGGGUCGCUGGUGUAUUCCUGAGCUAGUUUCAUUCAAAUUCAACGUUGUAUCUGGUAAGUCUGCGGUAUGGGGUACUGAACCUCCUUACUCUUAUCUAACAAAAUACUUACCAAGAAUAUUUUUACCAGCCACAGUACCUAUAUUUGCACGCAAAGGUUAUUCAGUGAGUCCUAAGUCGAUAAAAGUCGUUGCUAAUGCAAUUCUAUAUCAUCUCAUUAUCCUUUCACUUCAACCUCAUAAGGAAUGGCGAUUCAUAGUUUAUAUUAUUCCACCAGCAACUAUACUUGCAAGUAUUGGAUUAAGUGACACUUUCAGUAUGCUAAAUGAAGCAAGUAUUUGGAUUAGGAGUAUCUUCAAGGCAGUGAUAUUAUUAUUGCCAGCGGUAUCAUUGUUAGCUACGGCCUUUAUGUCCUACGUCUCUUCCCUGAACUACCCUGGAGGUGAAGCUUUACAAGUUUUCAACAACUAUGCUAUCAGGAAUAACAUAUCUGAUGUUACGGUACAUCUGGAUGUUUAUACAUGUAUGACUGGUGCUUCACUUUUUGGACAACUACCAGAUAAAUACAACAUUACCUAUGACAAGACUGAAGAUGAAAGUCUAUCAACUUUAUGGCACAAAUUUGACUAUGUUAUCGCAACAACUUCUGAACCCUUGCCAGUUGACGGGAACUAUACAUGGCAAUUGGUUGAAUCUCCUAAAGCGUUUGAUCACGUUAAUUUAAGGCUCCUAUUCAACAGUUUUAACAAUGAAGUUAAACAUGGGUUGCCUUUGUUGAAGUGUAUCUACCAACAACGCAGUAUCAGACCCUUAUUAAGUCUUAUCGACAAGGCCAUUUUCAAAAGUCAUAAACUUGGUAUCUACAAGAGAGACUCAGCUGCCUAA